GAUUUGUGAGAGUUUGGCGAUUAACGGUUAAGCAAACUGGCAAACGCGACUCAAAGCGGCACUUACAGUUUAAAACAUUUAUGUCACCUCGAGGUUAAAGUUAGGCCCGUUAAAUUCCUUCAAAGUAAAGGUGCCAGUGUGCUAAAAUGCCUGCUGAGGUGAAGCAGAGGAAGAAGCCACAGAAACAAAGUGAUGAAGUGUCUGAAUCCUCGACCAGAAACGGAAAAGACGAAGCUCAGAAAGUGAAGACGGAAGCUGCGAGUAAACCAUCCUCGAGUUUGGAUAUCAGAAGCGUUAUCUGCGUUUUGUCGCUGGCGGUGUGCGGAGGUCUGAGCUGGGUGGUGCUGCAGCAGAAUGAGAGGGUUUCCAGGAUUGAGGAAAAGUACAGUUUAUUACACGGAAAGACUUCAAACCUGUUCGACAUGGAGGAAGAAGUCCUGAAGGUUUCUAAAAAGCUUGCCGCCUCUGAGGACGACCUACAGGAGGCGCUCUCCACCGUCUCCUUGGCAACACGACUCCAGCAGGACAUCUCCACCCUCCACGCCACCGUUGCCUCGAUGCAGGCCGACGAGAACUCCGCCUCCCGUGACCUGCAGGCGGUCAACGCCCACUUCCUCAACGUGACGGAGACGUGGCAGGAGCGCCUGGCCGCCAUCACCACUGACCUGGUUGCCCUCAAGGCCGAAUCCAGGGAGGCUCACGGCGGAGCCACCGAGCGGGUGAACGAGGCUGAACGGAAGGCCCGGUUGCUGGCAGAGAAGCUGGAAGAGCUCGAGGACAGCACGAAGAGGAAUGCCCGAGCUAUGGAGCGCACAGAGGAAGAAGACAUUAAGCGAGCGCAGGGUCAGCUGGACUGGAACACCAAGCAGAUCCACCAGCUGGAGGGGCAGAUCAGCAGCCUGAGCAAGAUGGAGGCCGAGCUCAGCUCUCAGCUCCAGGAGCACAUUCCCCGGGCGCAGGAGUGUGAACAGCUCCUGCCGCAGGUGGAGCAGGCGGUGCGCUCCAUCCUGAGGCUGGGUGUGGAUCUGAGCGGGGCGGAGAAACGUCUGGAGGAGGUGACGUUACAGGUGUUUGGGACUGAGGACAGCAUGCUGAAAGCCCUCAAUGAAAUCCUGGAGAUGAGACAGGAGCUGGACACCCUGCAGGCUCAAAACAGCAUCCUGAAAAUGAAGAAUGAGCUGUCUGUGGUUAAAGAGGCUGUCCGUGAGCUCACCAUGGUGCUGAAGGAAAAUAGGGUUGAAAAAGAUUCUGACUCUCUGGAGGAAGAAGGAUGGAUGGAGGAGGAGGAGGAGUGGGAGGGAAAAGUUGACGAGGACGAGGCAGCUCGACUUCGUUAUGGUGACCUCACUGAAUGAUGUCAUUGUUUUGAGUCACUGGGGGAAAGGGAGUGGCCCUGUGUAUAUAUUUGCUGCCUAAAGUUCAGUAUUAAUGUUUGUCAGAGUGUGUACCUCAGUUUCAAGGCGUAAAAGUUCCCUGAUUUCAGUAUAAACUCUUGUACACGAGCACUGUGUUACACAAGCACAAUCACGAAUGUAUUUUAAUGUUUGUUUCAUGUGGAGUGACACUGACAGGUUUCUUUUGUAACUGUAUAAAAACAUGCUGCAUUACAAGGGCUGGCAAUACGUUAUGUAUCACAACGCACGAUUCACAAUUCAAUAUACUACAAUAUUUCUAAAUUUAAUUCAGUGAAAACUCAGUAUAAGGAAAACACCACCACUGUAAGAAUAUAAUCUGAUUGGGGAAAAAACAACUUUUUAUUAAAUCAGAACAGCAAGUUCAGCAUUUGUAUUUAUCACAGUUCCUGUACAUCCAACAUCAUAGCAAUAUGUGUGCGCAAUCUGAUGAAAGAGAUAAAAGAUUGUAUCAGUAAAAAAUAAAAUGAAGGUGUUUCAGGAUUGUGUAGGUUUGGCUUGAUAUCAGAUUUUUACUUCUAACUAACCACCACUAAUUAAAUUGCCCCGCUACUAUCGAGAAUCAAAAAAAUAUCUUCUCCAGAAGAUCAAUAUCUAAGAAGUUAAUCUCAUCAGUGUCAGUGAGCCAAUAAGCAUGCUGCAUGCUUUGCUUGUUGUGCCAAGAUCUAACAGCGCUGGUGAUUGGCUUUCUCACGGCAUGCAGGAAAAACACAAGGUGACGCCCAGAGACGGUGUAGACACGCUUACCAAGUGUAUGUGCAAUGUAAUAUUUUGUUAAUUAUUCAAUUGAUAAAGCUAUAAAACAAUAUCUGUGACUGUCCAUCGAGAAGUAACAACCUGAGAGCUGAAACAAACAAGCAACUGAUCUUUAUAAAGUUGUUUUUUAGCAAAAUGUUUCCAACUCUUUCUAGUUCUAGACUCUAAACUUUGCAGAUUGGCUGUUUUUCUUUCUGAUUUAAUAUUAAACUUAAUACUUAAGUGAUGGACUGUUGUUUGCAUCAUGUUGUGUGUUAUGAUGAAAUGAAUACGAUUGAUAUUGAUGAUGAAAAUAGCCGGUUGUUGCAGCCCUAAACUACCUGGUCAAUGUUGCCUUUGAUUUGUUACAGGAGUGGCUUUUGUAGAUCUGUUAUGAAGCUUCAUGUUUUUGAUGACAUGUUGAAAUUAUGGCAGUCACAGUUCCUAUUUAAUAAAGUCACAUUUUUUAAUUGAAAAA